UUUGCCUCAGACAUCUGCAACAGUUGUUCAGGAUUUUAACCAUGUAGAAAGGUGCAAGGACUCCCUAUAUAUGGGGACACCCCCACGUGGGAUCAUCGACAUCAAGCUGAAGAAGAUCUGCCAACGUUACGCAGACAAGCCUCGCUAUGUCACCCUGUACGACCCCCACAAGCGGAUCCCAGUUUACUCAGCAUAUACCUUCAAGAAAACAGAGGGAGACAGACGUGUGGACUACCCCUGGAUGUAUGAGCCACAGCUUGCAGAAAUCGAUGGAAAUGGAAACAUGCUACCCUUCCCCACUGGUUACCUGCACAUGAAGUUUGAGGAUAGUCAGGCAGUUCUGGAUGACUACUCUGAUGUGGUUCUCUAUGAAAGAGGUCACCUGAACCCAGAUCAGCACCAGUCUACACCACACGACCGUGCUGCCACUUACACCCUAACCAACGUGGUGCCAGAGAUACGGGAGUUCAACAUCGGGCCUUGGCGAGAAUACGAAGAGCGGAUCCGGGUUCGCCUCAACAACUAUUGCCGUGGCACUGCAUUCAUCGUCACAGGGGUGACCACCAGAGGUAACAUGAUCCGUCGCAACAACCAGGACCGUGUCGCCAUCCCUGAAGAUGUGUGGUCUGCCUACUGCUGCACCGACUAUGACCGUAACGCACCCCAUGAUGUCCGCAUCCGCUUCCCAUCACAUGCAGCCUUGGCCAAAAACGCCAGGGAGGGCAACAGUGUUCAUGAGAUGACGGUCCAGGAGCUUGAGAUCUUUCUGAAAAGUAAUAUGGAUGUUGACCAGAAUCUGCAGAUCUUCUAUGACAACUGCAUCUCUCCUUCACCUCUUCCUCUUUACCUCCAACACACCAUCUGAGAGGUCUCUCUGCUUUAUUCCCUAUGUG